AUGGAGAAGCUGGCGGCCGGGCUGGCCGGCCUGCGCUGGAGCAUGGGCGCCUUCCCGCUGGACCUCAUCGUCAGCCGCUGCCGCCUGCCCACGCUUGCCUGCCUCGGGCCAGGGGAGUACGCGGAGGGCGUCAGCGAGCGAGACGUCCUGCUCAUUCACUCCUGUCGCCAAUGGACCACGGUGACAGCCCACACGCUGGAGGAGGGCCACUACGUCAUCGGGCCCAAGAUUGACAUCCCUCUGCAGUACCCAGGCAAGUUCAAGCUCCUGGAGCAGGCCCGGGAUGUGCGUGAGCCAGUGAGGUACUUCAGCAGCGUGGAGGAGGUGGCCAGUGUCUUCCCGGACCGCAUCUUUGUGAUGGAAGCCAUCACCUUCAGCGUCAAGGUGGUGUCCGGCGAGUUCAGCGAGGACAGCGAGGUGUACAACUUCACGCUGCACGCGGGCGACGAGCUCACCCUCAUGGGCCAGGCGGAGAUUCUGUGCGCCAAGAGCACCAAGGAGCGCUCGCGCUUCACCACGCUCCUGCGCAGGCUGGGCCGGGCCGGGGCGCUGGCGGGCGUGGGCGGCGGCGGUGGUGGCAGCGGCGGCGCGGGGACACGGCCCAUCAAAGGCAAGAUGCCCUGCCUCAUCUGCAUGAACCAUCGCACCAACGAGAGCCUGAGCCUGCCCUUCCAGUGCCAGGGCCGUUUCAGCACGCGCAGCCCCCUGGAGCUGCAGAUGCAGGAGGGCGAGCACACGGUGCGCGCCAUCAUCGAGCGCGUGCGGCUGCCGGUGAACGUGCUGGUGCCCAGCCGGCCGCCGCGCAACCCCUACGACCUGCACCCGGUGCGCGAGGGCCACUGCUACAAGCUGGUCAGCAUCAUCUCCAAGACCGUGGUGCUGGGGCUGGCGCUGCGCCGCGAAGGCCCGGCGCCGCUGCACUUCCUGCUGCUCACCGACACGCCGCGCUUCGCGCUGCCGCAGGGCCUGCUGGCGGGGGACCCGCGCGUCGAGCGCCUGGUGCGCGACAGCGCCUCCUACUGCCGCGAGCGCUUCGACCCGGACGAGUACUCCACGGCCGUGCGCGAGGCGCCCGCCGAGCUCGCCGACGACUGCGCCAGCCCGCGCCGCGCGCGCCUCUGCCUGCCCGCGCCCCCGCGCACGCACCUGCCCGCCCGCGCCCCCGGUCCGCCCGCGUCCGCCGCCGAUGGGGAGCAGGAGUACGUGAGCCCGGACUGGGCUGGCGCGCCCGCGCCCGAGCCCACCGCUGCCGCGGCGCCCGCCGAGAUCCCCUACGAGGAGCUGUGGGCGCACCAGGCGCCGCCCGGGCCCGACCUCAUCUCCUUCGGAGCCUCCGGGCCGCCGCGUCGGGAGCUCGAGACGCCGCCGCCCGUGCCUCCCAAGUCCGAGGCGGUGAAGGAGGAGUGCCGCCUGCUCAAUGCCCCACCUGUGCCUCCCCGCGGUGGCAGCGGCCACCUCUCGGGCAGCCCCCCGGUGCCCCCUCGCUUCCCCAAGCUGCAGCCCAGCCAUUCACCCAGCUCCAGCCUCUCCUUCUACUCUGCUGGUGUCCAAGAUGGGGCGGGUUCCCGCAGUGGCAGUGGCUCCCCGUCGCCGGAUGCCUACUCCCUCUAUUGCUACCCGUGCACCUGGGGAGACUGCAAGGUGGGCGAGACCUCCAGCCGCCCGCCCCCAGGGCCCCUGCCCUCCACCACACAGCCCAGCCAGGCCUCCCGGACCCCGGCGGAGCCGCUGAGCAGCCGAGCUGCCUCCCUCUUGGGGGCGGAUGCCACCGUCAAGAGCUUCCAUGGCUGCCCGCCUCUCUUCAAGCCCGCUCAUCCCCAGAAACGCUUUGCUCCCUUUGGAGCUCUCAACCCAUUCUCGGGUUCUCCCUACCCCUCGGGCCCUUCAGCGGCCACCUCUUCCGGGCCGCCCACCACCUCCUUGGGCCCCCUGGCUACCUCCAGCACUGCCUAUUCCCCAGGCCCAGUCUCCCCAGCCCAGGCCUAUGCAGCUGCUCCACCCCCCUCCUGCCCCACCUCCUCCUCCUCCUCUGAGUGGCAGGAGCCAGCCCUGGAGCCUGUGGAUCUCUUUGAGCUGGGUCAGGGCAGUUCUCCAGAGCCCGAGCUGCUGCGCUGUCCGGAGCCCCGGGCAGCAGGGGCUCCCGGGCCUGGACCCUGCCUCUCGCCACUCGGCGCCACCAAGGCCUUCGAGCCCGAAGGGUUGGUACUGCGGCAGGCCCCCACCCCACUGUCGCCUGCCACCCUGCCGGGGCCCGAGGCAGGGGGAGCCCGGCUCUUUCUCGGCCAAGGGCGCCCGGGCAGUCCCCGGGAUGGAGCUGUGGCCUUGGGAGGCCGGGACGCCUCCUCGUGGCAGCCCCCCGCCGACCUGUCCGCGCUCUCCCUGGAGGAGGUGUCUCGCAGCCUGCGGUUCAUAGGGCUCUCGGAGGACGUGGUGAGCUUCUUCGCCCGGGAGCGCAUCGACGGGAGCAUCUUUGUGCAGCUCAGCGAGGACAUCCUGGCGGACGACUUCCACCUCACCAAGCUGCAAGUCAAGAAGGUCAUGCAGUUCAUCAAGGGCUGGCGGCCCAAGAUCUGAACCGGCCGCCGUGGCCGCACAGCCGGGGCGCAUCUGUGCCAAGACUGCGUGACCCAGGGGCCUCCCUGCCUUGAGUGUGCAGAAUACGUGGGCAGGGGACGGGAAGCGCUGGGCGUUGGCUCUGAUGCCCACGGGGGCGCCCCUUCCCACGCCCACGCAGGCCUUCUCCGAGGCCUCGCACUUCUUCUGCACCAUAGGUUCGGGUUAGACAGGGAGGAGGACCGUGCAUAACGUUAAGCACAAAUCCCCCAAGUGCCCUCUCUCCUUUGUGCUGACGGCAUCUGGUCUAAAAGUGCCCCCGAGUCAGGGCUGCUGACUUCUGUCUCUCUGGGACCCUUCCCAUGCCCUGCAGCCCUGCCUCGUUUUAAGUGCCUGGGCCUGAGUGUCCAAGCCUGUGCCGUGGUGCCGGGGAGCCUCCGCCUCUGGUUCUGGCUCUGCGAUGGGACAGCAUAGGAAGAGCACAGCUCUGCCGCUGGCCUAUCUAGCCAGGGAGACCUCUGGUGCUCCCCGGUUUCUGCACAGACCUCACUGCACCCAUCCACCCAUCCCUGUCUCCAGAGACUGCCUCAGCAAGGGCAGGUCCAUUUCAAGUCUAGAACUGACAGGUGGCCAGUCGCCCCCACUUCCGCUGGUCUCUUGCCCGCUGUUGUUUGGCUCCCCUGGUUUUGUGGCGCUGGCACAGCAGGGUAUGGUUGGGAGAGGAAGUUCGGUGGCUUGGGCAAACCCUGCCUCUCCCCUCCUCGGGAGCUCAGUCCUGUACUGGGUCGCACGCGUUGGGGCGGGUCAUUGUGCCCUUGAAUCCCGGGCAUGGUGACCUGCUUGGCACUGAGCGCUGCUCCCUGUGCAUGAGCCCCACACCGUGCACACACCAGCUGCUCCUUGUGCCGAGCGCCAGGGCCCAGAGCUCCCUGCCUCCUCCUCGGCCCUCCCUAGUCUACCUAGAUAUUUAUUUCCUUCAGUUUUAAGCCACGCAGGUGCCCAUGCCCCAUGCAGGCUGUGGUGAAGGGAGAUGGGGCACGGGAGCUGGUUUUCUUGCAGACUGUUCAAUGAAUCCUCAAGGACUGGUCAAAUAAAUGCCAGCCUGC